UGUGUCUAUUUCAGUUCCACAAAUUAUUUUUCCGACAAUUUUUGUUUAUUUGGUUUAUUAAAUUAUUUUGAUAAACAUAUUUUAAAUUCAUGGGUUUUUAAAAAUUUGCAAUAGAGUUCUACAUGUUCUUGAAAAGAACCAAAAAUAGCUAAAGUAUUUGCCACCGAAAUUUUUUUAUACACAUAAAUAUAAAUCUAAUCUUAAAAUACUGUUUAGAAAAUUUAAGCAAAAAAUUAAAUGGCUUACGAAGAUUGUAAAGUAACUAGACUUCCUACGGACUCUGACAACAUUGUUUUCGGGGAAUGGACUAUUGGUUAUAGUAAAUCUCACAUAUUGAAGAGUGUUUGCAUUCGAAAUGAAAACGCAUGUUCCAAGGAUGAUCCAGACCAAUGUGAAUUGUGCACAUAUCGCAACUCUCUGGAAUUACCUCAUUUGCCUGAUAUGGUAUUUCAUAAAAAUAAAAUGUCUUUGAUUCAUAAAUCAGGAGCAGAAUUGUAUUUUACACCAUUAGAAGCUUUAAAAUUAGUUGAAAAUGGUAAACAAAGUAUUCAAGUGGCUUGUGCAGACGAAUGGAAAGAAUCUAGGCCAGAGCAACACCUACAAGAAAAAUUUAAGCCAUUUGAUUGGACAUUUUCAACUGACUAUCAAGGUACACUAAAUGAAAAAUUUCGCGUUGAAGAGACUGAUAAAAAAAUAGAUAUUUUCAAAUUAAUGCAACAAGAAAAAAUAUUAUUUUAUCAUGAUUUAACUUUAUUCGAAGAUGAAUUGCAUGAUCAUGGUGUAGCAACACUUUCAGUAAAAAUUAGAGUUAUGCCCUCCGGUUUUUUUGUAUUGUUGAGAUAUUUUUUGCGUGUCGAUAAUGUUAUGAUAAAAAUGAAUGAUACACGUUUUCAUUACGAGAUUGAAAAUGACUUCAUUUUAAAAGAAUACACAUCGAGGGAGGCGAAAAUUGAAGAAUUAAAAAAUGUACCUCCACCUUUGUUCACUAUUCCAAAUGAGAUUGAAAAAUCAUUGCCAAUAAGAAUUAAGAAGUCCUAUAAAUUAUUUUUCAAAUAAUUUUUUUCAAUUUAUAGUCAGAUUUGAUGUAAACGCAUAAAUUUAAUUUAAAAGGCAUAAAUUUAAUGUUUCUAUAUUAUAAUUUUAUUACAAUACUUUAUUCUCUUUUAAAAUGAAAUAAAAAUUUCAACUGAAAAAUCUAUUUGUAA